AUGCUAAAUCGACACGCGAGAUCAAUUACAGAGCUUGGGUGUAAUCAGAAUAGAGGAAGUGAUAUUCUCAUCCCUGGAUCAGCAGUAAAUCAGGAUGGUCGAUCCAGUUCGCUGACUGCUCCGAAUGGUCCAUCACAAAGGCGAGUCAUGCAAUCAGCUAUGUCAAACACCGACUUUGUCGGAAGCUGUAUGUCUUUACUUCAGUUACAUGGCACUGGGACAUCUUUAGGCGAUCCAAUUGAGAUCGGAGCUGCAUCAGCAGCGCUUGUCGGAGAUUUCGUGCGCAAGAAAGGUGCUUUGCCAUUAGCACUUGGAGCACCAAAAAGUAGAAUUGGGCAUGCUGAGCCUGCAUCUGGAGCAGUCGGUAUACUCUUUGCUUCGAUGGGAUACAAUGCCGAGGUACGUCCGACGAUGCAUCUUCGGUCGAUGAACCCUCAUCUAGAUGUC